CCGCGGACUCCUGAACGUGCCUGAACCGUCAUUUAAUUUAAACUAUGACGCUUGUCUAUGUUCUCUGGUUCAUCUUCAGUACGUGUGUUUCAUAGUUUCGUCUGGUGUAUUUCAUCGCUUGCCGUUGGCGUCCUCACAUCAACAAACAUAACCUCACUUUCCGGUUUACCGACCCCCGAUUUUUGGUUACCGUUUCGCAAAAAUGGCCAACGCGAACACAGACUUGACCGAAGAAGACGCCGCGGACUUGCAGUUCCCCAAAGACGAGGCCCCCUCUUCGCUUUUCAGUGAAAGCGACAGUGUGUGCGCGAAUUGUGCGUCCGAGUUAGUGUGCCCCCAUAUAUUUUGUGCGCUGUGUAAAAUCGACAUUUGCGUGGGGUGUUUUUCGCGCGGGGCGGAGUUCGGGGGCCACAAAAACGACCACGAUUACCACAUUCUCAGAGACAGUUUUAACUUGUUUGAAAAUAGUGACUGGACGGCGAAAGAGGAGGAGGUGCUCCUGGAGGCUUUGCAGAGGUACGGGAACUGGAAUUUAGUGGCGAAGGAGCUCCCGAAUCGGACUAUUCGGGAGAUUAAAACCCACUAUGAUCAGUUUUAUUUAGAGAGACGGGGGUCUGAUAAUUUACCAAAGAUUAAAGAGACUGGGGCGUCGGUGUUUAUAGAGCCGAUUGUUCCGUAUAGAUUUAGGAUCAAUGAUACGGAGGAGCCCCCUCGCUAUUCUCCGAACACGGUGGGGUACAAGUCUUUGGCGGGUUAUAACCCUGCUAGGUCCGACUUUGAAUGUGAGUUUGACUCGACUGCUGAAGAUUUAUUGUCGAAUUUAAAAUCCACGGAACGCGAUGACCCCCAUUUUGAACUUAUAACGAAUUUGCAGUGUGGGAUGAUCGGGGCUUAUAAUAGGCGACUCGUGGAGCGCCAGCGCUGGAAAAAAAUUAUUCGAAGUCACGGGUUGAUCGUCCCCCGGAAACUACAAGCCUGGUUGCACCGCUACGACGUCACUAUCACUCGACCAGUGUACGAAAAGCUGAUUCGUUUCAUGCAAUUUUGUACCCCCGUGCAGUUCGAGAUGUUAAUGGAGGGGCUGCACCGAAGCGGCGAGCUCAAGAUACAAAUAAUAAGACUGUGCGAACUGCGGCAGAGGGGCAUCACGUCUCUAUCCGACGCCCGGUUGUACCUCAAGCUCAAACAAGUCCACGAUCAGUGUGAAACUGAACUGAAAUCGUUCCACUCCAACGCCCAAUUCAACUGGAAACUCUCCAACCGCAACCUCCCCGUGGACCUCCCUUUCACCAAAAAGAAGUCCGGUUUCACCCCCAUCGAGAUCGUCGGGAUGCCCGGCUACGAAAAGCUCACCCCCUCAGAGCGCGAUUUAUGCCGCACCGUGCGCCUCGUCCCCAUCAGCUACCUCGAGCUCAAAGACAUCCUGGUUUCCGAGAACAAGAAAAUGGGCUCCAUCAAGCUCAAAACCGCCCGCAAAAUUCUCAAAAUCGACGUGAAUAAAACGCGCCGUUUGUACGAUUUUCUGGUGCAAGAGGGUUACAUUGUUAAGCCUGCGUCUUGAUUAAUAUAGUUUUUGAAUUGAGUCGUUUGUCGUUUUUGUUUAGUUUUAAUGUUGGGACC